AUGGAGCAGGAGAUCAUUAUUCCAUACGCCGCCGCCUCCAUCUGUUGCUCGCGUGGACCCGUCCGGGGUGUGCAUCGUCAACCUGAGAAGCCCUAUCAACAGCUCCAGGCCCAGAGCCCCAACCCUCCCCCCGAGCUCCGAUGGCUUCCGCCGCCAUGGCCGCGUCUUCCAGAGCUCUGCUCCGUCCGCACCGCCUCCUCCUCCUCCCCGACCCACGCAGCCGCCGCCGACUCUCCGCCAUCGCCGCGGUUUCCGCAAACGCCGCAGCCGGCGGCCUCCACGGCCGUCCGGCGCAGCGUGGUGGACGUGCUCCGGGAGCGCGGGCUCGUGGAGGCUACCACGUCCGAGGCGCUCGGUUCCUCCCCCUCAGCCGGCGGGCAGCAGCAGCAGCUCAAGGCCUACUGCGGCUUCGACCCCACGGCCGAGAGCCUGCACCUCGGCAACCUCCUCGGCCUCGUGGCGCUCUCCUGGUUCCGCCGCUGCGGCCACACCGCCGUCGCGCUCGUCGGCGGCGCCACCGGACGCGUAGGAGAUCCGUCCGGAAAGAGCGCCGAGCGCCCUGAGCUGGACCUCGCCGCGGUAGCCGCCAAUUCCGACGCAAUUAAGUCCCUCAUCGCCCAGAUCCUCGGCCGCGCUCCAGAACCUUCUCAUUACAGCAAAUCCGGUAAAAACGCAAUCUUGGACGAAAAUGAGCAUGCCCUGGCCAAUUCGUGCCAGGGUUUAUCAGAAAAUGUGGGGGGAAAGAUGGGUUCCUUUGUGAUCCUGGAUAACUACGACUGGUGGAAGGAUAUCACACUACUUGAUUUCCUCAAGGAGAUGGGCAAGUUCGCUCGUGUUGGGACGAUGAUUGCCAAGGAGAGUGUGAAGAAGCGGCUCAAUUCGGAGGAUGGCAUGAGCUACACUGAGUUCACUUACCAGCUUCUCCAGGGCUAUGAUUUCUUGUACAUGUUCAAGAACAUGGGUGUCAAUGUGCAGAUCGGAGGUAGUGAUCAGUGGGGAAACAUCACUGCAGGAACUGACUCGAUUCGGAAAAUUCUCCAGGUCGAGGGGGCACACGGUCUCACAUUCCCACUCUUGCUUAAGAGCGAUGGGACGAAGUUUGGGAAGACAGAGGAUGGGGCAAUUUGGCUCUCGUCGAAGAUGCUGUCCCCAUACAAGUUCUACCAGUACUUCUUCUCAGUGCCAGAUGUUGACGUCAUUAGGUUUAUGAAAAUCCUGACGUUCUUGAGCUUGGAUGAGAUUCUCGAGUUGGAAAAGUCGAUGAAGAGGCCUGGCUAUGUCCCAAACACGGUCCAAAGAAUCCUUGCAGAAGAGAUCACACGAUUUGUUCAUGGUCAGGAGGGAUUGGAGGAGGCCUUGAAGGCAACUCAGGCCUUGCGGCCUGGGGCUCAGACGCAGUUGGACUCGCAAACAAUUGAGGGUAUAGCAGAUGAUGUACCAUCAUGCUCUUUGCCAUAUGACCAAGUACUGAAGUCUCUCCUGGUUGAUCUGGCUGCCUCUACAGCGUCCGACAACUAGGCGUUACACCAGGUA